AUGAGUGCUUAUGUUGAUGUGGAAGACCAACACUGGGGAGGCGCUGCUCCUAGUCAAUUCUCUUGUACUCAACGUCCUUGGAACAAGGAUGAUCCUGCGUGGAUAAACAGCAAGGAUAUUGUGAUUGAGGGCUUUAGCAUCAAUGCCAAGGGUAAACCCUUGUUUGAAAACGCAGAUUUGAAGAUCGUGUUUGGACGUCGUUAUGGAUUGAUCGGACCGAAUGGUCAGGGUAAGUCCACACUGUUGAAGAUGAUUGCUUGUCGCGAGCUUGCCAUUCCUCCAAAUAUUGACAUUCUCUAUGUCGAACAGGAAAUCGAGGCCGAUGAAUCGACAGCCGUGGAAGCUGUGUUGAGUGCCGAUACGAAACGUUUGUAUCUUCUGAAGAGAGAAAAGGAGUUGCAGGAGUUGCUCGAACAAGAAAAUGAGGACCAUUCUGCUGAUGAAGACGACGACGACGAGGAGAAGAAGGACUCGACAGAAAAGCUUUUGGAAGAAUAUCACGAAGUGCUCGACGAGAUCAACAUUCAUGGUGUCUACAAGGCGGAGCCGCGUGCUCGCCGCAUUCUCUCCGGUCUGGGAUUCACCACGGAAAUGCAGGACAAGCCAACCUCCUCCUUCUCCGGAGGUUGGCGCAUGCGCAUCAGUCUGGCGCGUGCUUUGUUCAUGCAGCCGGACCUCCUUCUUCUGGAUGAGCCUACGAACCACCUGGACCUGAACGCCGUGAUCUGGCUGGACGGGUACCUUCAGACGUGGAAGAAAACGCUGCUGGUGGUCUCGCACGACCAAGAGUUCUUGAGCUCGGUGUGCCAGUACAUCAUCCAUCUGAACAACAAAAAGCUGGACUACUACGUGGGCGACUACCCGUCCUUCAAGAAGAUGCAGCAGCAGAAGCUCGCCGAGCAAAUCAGAGCCUGGGAGAAGCAGCAGAAGCUCCUGAAGCAGCUCAAAACGACGGGCAAAUCGAAAUCCGCCGCGGAGGAGCAGGCGAAGCGGAUGCGUCAGCGCGAUCUGCGCAGCCAGGACAAGGGAAUCAACGAGGAUACCGUGCUGGAAGCCACGCAGCAGCUGCUGGAGCGUCCUCGCGAGUACACGGUGAAGUUCACGUUCCCGAAGUGCACGGAGCUUUCGCCGCCCAUCGUGUCCGUCGAGAACGUCACGUUCGGCUAUUCGCCGGAUCGGAUUCUGCUGAAGAACGUGGACUUCGGUAUCCACAUGUCGUCGCGCGUGUCGAUCGUGGGUCCGAACGGAAUCGGAAAAUCCACGCUGGUGAAGCUCAUCGAGGGCGAUCUGGUUCCUUUGAGCGGCGACAUUCGACGCAACCAGAAGCUCCGAAUCGGCAAGUACUCGCAGCACUUCGUGGACAAGCUGCCGAUGGACGUGUCCCCCGUGGAGUAUCUGCAGUCGCUCUACCCCACCAUGAAAUACCAAGACCUGCGAAAUCUGCUGGGUCGGUACGGACUCGAAGGCCACGCGCACACCAUCGCGAUCCGGAACCUCUCGGGAGGACAGAAGGCGCGUGUGACCUUCGCGGAGAUCUCGCUGAGCCAGCCGCACAUCCUGCUCUUCGAUGAGCCCACCAACCAUUUAGAUAUCGAGUCGAUCGAUGCGCUCGGCGAGGCCAUCAACGAGUUCGAGGGCGGCGUGGUGAUUGUGAGCCACGACGCGCGGCUGCUCAUGAUGACCAACUGCGAAAUGUGGCUGAUGGACAACCAGACCGUGCAUGCGAUUGAAGGAGGGUACGAGGCCUAUCGCGAUUCCUUGCUCGAGAAGAUGGAGUUUAGUGAUGAUGAAGACGAGCAGGAGAAGGAGGAAGAAGAGAAGGAGAAGGCCGCUGCGAGGGCGAAGAAAGGCAAAAAUGAGGCUGCGGAAACGGCAGCAGAAGCGCCCAAAACGGACGCGGAGCUGGCUGCAGCCGCGUUCUCGGCGUUGAUGGCGAAUCAGGCGAAGGAGAAGGAGGAAAAGGAGAAGAAGAAGAAGCACCGAUCGAAGAAAGAGGGAGAAGAGACGGAGGAGAAGAAACAUCGACAUCAUCACUCGCAUAAGGAGGAGGGAGAAGAGAGGAAACAUCGGCAUCAUUCGAAGAAGAGUGAAUAA